AUGUCGCUUGAAUUGAAUGGGAAAACUAUUGUUUCAAUGGCUGACUACAAGCUCUUUUGGAACAAUGUACGAGCACAGACAGGCUACAGCCCUCAGUAUGUUGAGAAGCACGGGGCUGAAUCAUUCCUGUACCCUGAUGCUGCUCAAUCCGUUUCAUACAGCGCUGCUACAUCAUCAACUACUGGAGAUGGAUUCUCCAAUAACUCUGUAUUCUCUUCCUCAUUUGCCACUGCUGCUCCUUCUGGUGGUGCUACAAUUGCUAAUGAUGGUCUCGUCAGACGACUAUUGUCAAAUCCUCCUAAUGCUGGAACUGACUUUACUUCGACGUGGCCUUCACUUGGCGCGGCUGCGGCUUCAACGAACAUUGCUAACCAAACUGCGCGUGGUGCCUUCGUUGCUGGAGUCUCCACGGCUAAUGGAAUCAUGGGGACGUGGAACUAUAUGCUUAAGGUGAAACUAACUGACUUGCACCCAAUAUUUAAAGAACUUGACCUGAUGGCUAACCCUCAGAUCCGUCUUCGAUUCCGUGUCAACCAGGGAACUUCUGUUGUAGCUGUUGAUGCAGGUAAGGGAAUGUCUCUAACAAGCACUACUCUUGCAUCUGGUAAUACCUGCCCCGUAUUGGUAUCUGCCUCAAGUACGGGUAAUCCUAUGGCUGGAGUCCUUGCUGCAUCUGCCGGGUUUAGCAUUGCUUGGGGAGCUGUUGUCAAUUCCCUCGAGCCUACUAUUGAUGGUACCUAUAUGCCUUUCACAACUUCGCGUCUUUACGUACCGUUUGUUCAUCUUGAGAACCCUCAGGCAAUUAUAUCGAAGCCUGUAAAGAAGGUUCGAUACAAUGAUUGUUACGCACAGUGGUUUAAUCAGCGAGCUGGAAUCGGAAAGCAAUCAACUCAGUUCAACGCUGCUUUCGAUCUCCAGCUAUCGGCAUCCAUUAAGAAUGCUAAAUAUGUCAUUCUCCUCCCGUUUGCUGAGCAGACGAGCAGCUUUGCAGCUGCUGCUAUCCAGGAGUUUCAAAGUCCUUUUGACUCGGCUCCUUGGACGGUGCAUCCUGGUUCGAGCAUCCGCAACUUCAAUGUUCGUAUCGGUUCUCAGCAAGUAUUCGAUAUCAGUCAUGACUACGACUUCCACCAUUUCACGAAUGAAAUCGGUAAGAUCUCAGCGAUCAAUGGUGAUCUGACUCCUGAGUUGGUCAAUGGUCUUCUUGACUAUCAGACAUGGUCUCUAACUAACCGUGUUCUUGUUGCUGACGUUAGCCGACUAACUGAUCGCGACGUCCCUACAUCAAUUCAGAUUCAGGGAACAAACGCGGGAUGUCAAGGCUGUAAUAUUCUGGUCAUUGUCGUAUCUGAACAGGAACUAACCUAUGAUCGCCUGACAGGAGAAGUUUUAGAAUUUACUACCGCCUAG